CUGUGGUAUGACCUCUUAGAGUGAUUGACCUACCCUUUUCCCCAAUGACUUGGAUACAGGGAUGAGAGAGACAGCAUUCCUGUACGCUAUCUCGUCGGCAGGACUGACCUAUACCAUCGCAAAGGCCUGCAGCCAAGGCUCUAUGGAGAGAUGCUCCUGCGAUACCAGCUACUACUCGGACGAGGACAACCGGGAGACCUGGAAGUGGGGAGGCUGUGGCGACAACCUCAAGUACAGCCGACGCUUCGUGGAGCGCUUCUUGAUGCCCAAGAAGGGCGGGCAGCCUCCCAUCAGGGAUGUACGGGCCAAGGUGGACAGGCACAACACUCACUUGGGAAUCAGGCUUGUGGAGGGAAGCGCAAGAAAAGUCUGCAAGUGUCACGGUGUAUCGGGGUCCUGUACGUCCGAGACAUGUUGGCAUCAGCUUGGCAGACUGCCGGAUACGGCCAAACACCUCAAGGGCAGGUACGACCGGGCGGUCAAGGUGGAGCUGGCUAACUCGGCCCACGGAGACAACGAGCUGGUCCGGCAGGUAAAGAAGAAACGCAAGUCGUCCCGAGCUACCGGAGCCCCUACGACCGCAUACGCGGACUCCGCUGACGAGGGGGAGCAGCAGCAAGGUCCGCGGAAGGCGGACCUCGUCUACAUCGACCGCUCGCCUAACUUUUGCGAGGCCAGCCCGUACUCGCCCGGAACGCGUGACAGACAGUGUGACAAGAACAGCAAUUGUGACAGCAUCUGCUGCGGGCGGGGUUACAACAUACGUAGCCUACUGGUCACUAGACGUUGUGAUUGUAGGUUCCAGUGGUGCUGUGAAGUCAUCUGCAACGAAUGCACCACCAGAGAGGAAAUACAGCUCUGUAAAUGAUAACUGGCGAAUAAGCAAGCACAGUAAUCAUCCAGAUUUACAAAGAAACCAGAAUAAAACCCUCCGGGGAUCUACAUCAUGAAUGUGCAUUUUGCGUUCACUGCAGACGCUGCUGGAUAUGGAUACUAGCUAAUUUCCUUUCAGUACCUCUAAUCAAAGUUCUCUUACAUAAUGUACUUGUCUAAAUAUUGUGGUUAUUUGAGGACAUUUGGAGAGGUUGUCUUCUUUCACCAUCAUUCGCCCAUGGCUCCAGCAGCUGAUAUUGUUCAUCCUCCUGCAGUUCGCGCAUGUUUCUGUUUCUUUUUGAAAAUCUGUGAUCUCUGUGCGCGAUCAUCGCACCAGCGAAAUUUUUUCAGAGAAAUCUUCAGGACUGUUCCUCAAACAUCUAACUGUCUUAUUGUUAUUGGUAAAGCUGAUGAAUCUGUCGUUUUCGACACACAAUUUGGCACCCGUGGCCCGAUUUGUUCAAUACUCUGUAAGCACUGGAGGGUUUUUUUUGCAGAGUAACAUAAAUAGCGCCCUCUUUCUGUUCCAGAUCUGCUGCCACAAGAGGGCGGCAAUCAUGCUCACUCUCGAUCACAGACUGAUCUCUAUGCAAAAAUCACAGGUAAUUUUUUUAACGUGGAAAUCAGGGCUCUCGAUCUUUCAUGUUGUAAACAAGUAAAUCGGUGGGUACACGCGAAACAUUUCUAAUGGAUGAAGCCCUCUCUCGAUGAGAACUUUAAAAAAAACUGCCCAGUAGCCAUGCUCUCUAUACAGCAUACACUAACCCUAGUAUAUACCAGCAUUUUUUUUAAACAUAAAACAUCUUGAAGCGAAAUGAAUCUGUUGCAUUGUGAUAAACACUUCAUGGCAUAAGUGACAUUAUAAUGUUUAUACAUGUUCCACCAUCUUUUUUUUUUACUUACAUGUUUCACGUGUCAUGUUAUAAAAAAUCACUUGGUAUGUAUGGUAGCACUAGCAUUUGCUUAUCAUUGCCUUCCUGCGCACAAGGCUGAUGUGUGUUAUUUUAUUUGUCUUACUUAAAUUGGAGCCCAUUUCAUAAGGGUGUCAUUUUUUUCAUGAAACAAAUAUGUAUAUUUCCCGAAUUUCCUAGCCCCAUUUCUUCAAUUGAACAUAAUGAAUCUUCAUCAUUCUUGCCUCAAUUGUUCAUUACGUUAAUAAUAUUUGGUUGAUACUAAACAUUCUUCAUGGUUUAUGUUUAAAAAAAAUGCUUUAUGAGACAGAAUCUUUUAAAUUUAAGCUUAUGUAUUCGCUGAAAACACUUAAUGUCGUUUCUAUAGAGUUUGUACAUUAUUUUAUAAGAAUAUAUUGUAAUUAAAACUGUAAAUAUGUUUUAAUGUAACGCUAUUUUUUGUAUAUAAAUGGAAAUGUUUUGUAAGAUGCAGCAACAUUAUACUUGUGUAUUGUAGAUUUGGAUUAGUUAUACUUAUGUGUGCGUGGCAGAUAAAGUAAACGUUGGCUUA